AUGGCCUCUCUCCUCGAGCGCAUGAGCAUCCCCGCAGGCUCCGGGCCCUCCGUCGGCCCCGUCCGCGCAAAGUCCAACCGUGCCGCAGCAGCCUCCGCCGCCGCGCCCUACGUCAUCGCCCCCACCAGCUCGAACCCGGCCUACGCCUACGCCUCCUGCACGACAUCGGCCCAGGCUCGCGCUCACAAGACGCCAUCCGCAACCCCGGCCGUGCUGCUGCACUCGACGUCAGUGCAUGAAAGCUUCCCGUGA